AUGGCGUACAGAUAUCCAACAGGCAAGGAACCAACGAAUCAAACGCGAUUACCAAGGAUUACGAAAAAAAUCGGGAACACUAAAAACCCGGUUUCCAGCGAAAGUGCAGAAGACAACUCUCCUUUGAGCUUUUUGCGGCUUCCGCAAAUUGGAAAGCGCUUUACCGGGCAAAGCAAUGCGGAGUCUUGUAUCCAUGGGGAACAAACAUUCAAAUCUUACGAGAUCACAAAUGUGAACAUGAAAUAUCGAACUGUGGGCCGAGCCACCAGACACCACAUAACGUCUUCGAUUGAAAGAAAGAAGGAUUCGGAAGAGGUGACCAGGUACGAAGAGACAUACGCUCGCUCGAAAGCAUUUACUGUUGAAGGAAAUCGAUUCGAUAACCAUUCGGUAAGGGGUGAGAUGGUUAAAGGCACCCUUGGUGGCGAGAACUCAUUAAAAAAACCCAUACAUUUGCUCCGAAGGCGGCUAAGACCAGGGCGAGCCUAUCAAGGUAGUUGUAGCCAGAUAUUACACGACGAACUUCUGACAUUCGAUCAAAAUAUGGAUUUGCUGCGCACAUGUACAGAAAGGGACAAUAUCGUCGAAGUCAGGGAUUUCAGUGGGAAAAGGAUUGAUGUCAAUAAAACCGGAGACAGCGAUAUAACAUCUUACAUAGCGAUGUUUGAAGUUGAAAGGAGAACAACGGAGUCGUUCACGGACGACAACAAGAAGCUUUUAAAUUGCACCGCGAAAGAGCAGACAAGCUCAGAGGAAGAAACAAAUGAACGUGUCCGUGGGCGUUUUUACGAGGCUCUAGAUCAUCAUUUUUUCCACUACUAUCGAAAGACUCAUCCUGAGAGAAGAAUGGCGAUUUGUGAAGAAAUUGAACGAACUAUUGUUGUAAACGAUUUGGCCCUAUCUUGUUUCAGGGAACAUUUAAGCCUUCAAGACGUCAUGAACACUUGGAUGCUAUGA